GUGCUUCCCGUGCGGCGCGUAUAACGCGUAUAGUUAUGGUAUUAGUUCGCGUUCAGCCGAACAGCCGUGCGGUAGUGUGCGCCUCGCCGUCGUCGCCGCCGCCGUCGCGGUCGUCCAAGUCGAAUCGGAAGUCGACUUCCGCACCGGAGCACGACGACCGUAAUAAUAUUAUUGUGUGCCGAUGAAAUUCCAGACGGUCCAUUGUGAUAUACGGAUAUCGCGAUAGCUUGUGUAUCACGGAUAACGUAGCCGCGGUUUCGUAGCGCCCAUUAUACAGCGUGUCCGUUCGUCGGACCGCGGCAUUCCGGUAAUUUUUUUUUUUUUUCGAGUGUACCCCCCCGGCGAUGUGACGAACCGACGUCAUAAGAACCGCCUACGGAUAACACGACGAUAAUAUGCGUGCGAUUCGUCUCGCGUUGUACGUCGACAAACUUUAAUAAUAGCGGUUAAAGUCAUUAUAAUCCAUACGAUGCCGGCCGAUCGCCACCACGGCCGUGGUGUCCGCUGCCAUCCCGUGGCGACUGUAGACCUGACAGUGGUAAUAGAACCGGUAUCUAUCACCGGAAGAGUCAUAGUAAUAGUAGGUGGUGGUGGUGGUGGAGGAGGAGGAGUAGGAGACGGUGUUCUUUGCUCUGCGACCGAGUUUAUUCCGAUCGCCGGCUGAUUUGUGUGUUUACGCGCACUGACGAUUUGACUGAUUAUAGAGACACACAUACACACACACACACACACUAAAAUCGUCACUGGUAUCGAAAGCAGAGUGUUAAUUGCUCAGCAUCACAAAGAGACCAUCCAGAUUCGAAAACGCAAACGGGUCAUGAGUUUUGUUUGGUGGAAGGAUUUUCGGAGAAAGAGACCCCCGACGGGCCAGCAGACGUGGAGAAAAUUUGACUAUUGGCGACAAACUACCGUCGACAACAUAGUCUACCAACGGGUGAUGUCCUCAGUGACCACUUAAAGACUAUAAUCAUCCUCUCCCUUCACCUACGCCAUCGACGGUCGUCACGUUAAUAUACCUACUUUUUUUUGGUCGGAUAAUUCCACUGCCACGGGUAUCACAAUGGAAUCACUAGACGUGGCCGAAAACUUAUCCAGCCUGUCGGGCAUGGUAUUCAAAAUCGACCAGAACGAAUAUGGUCUCCUGGUGGAUCAGAACGGCACGGGUUACCUAAACGAUACCAACGUCACGAUGGACCCAAACCGAACGUAUUACAUUUUCGAGUCUGUCUACCCGUCAACGUACUCGAUACCGGAAAUAGUUAUCGCUUCAGUCGUGGUAAUCAUGCUCAUGAUCGUCGUUGUCGUGGGAAAUAUGCUGGUCAUCAUUGCCAUCGUGACAGAGAAAGCAUUGAAAAACGUGCAAAACUGGUUCAUCGCCAGCCUGGCCGUGGCUGACUUCUUCCUGGGCAUCAUCGUCAUGCCAUUCUCAUUGGCUAACGAACUGAUGGGCUAUUGGAUAUUUGGCGACUGGUGGUGUGACAUACACGCCGCACUCGACGUGCUUCUAUGCACCGCUUCAAUCAUGAACUUGUGUUUGAUAGCCUUGGACAGGUACUGGUCCAUUACGCAGGCCGUCGACUAUUUGAAGAAACGCACACCAGCCCGGGCAAUGGUCAUGAUCGGUUUCGUGUGGAUAUUCAGUGGCGUCAUUUGUAUACCACCUCUGCUUGGCUGGAAGGUCAAGAGGGUGCCUGAACGAUAUCCUAAAUGCGAGCUGAGCGAGGACUUGGGGUACCGGAUAUACUCGGCACUCGGUUCGUUCUACAUACCGUCGUGUAUCAUGGUGUUCGUUUACAUCCGGAUAUACUUCGCGGCCAAGGCGCGUGCGCGGCGGGGCAUCCGGAAACCGCCGUCGAAGCCGAAAAAGGGGGCGGCCAAAGCUGCAAAGGCUGCCGCCGCGGCGGCCGCAGCCGCGCAGAGCCCGUCGACCGUGUCGCAGACGACCAGUUUCAUCACGCGCCCGUCUCCGGCCAGCGUCCCGCUGACCGCGUUCCGGUCGCCGCCCGCGACGCCGGUCAACACCACGCUGCCGGUGAUCGCUUGCGACUACGCCAGCGACGCGAGCACUAGCGACGUGAGCAAGGACGGCGACAAAGACACGCUCAAGGUGUUCACCACGCAGGGCAGCCGCCGGCUAACGGUCAACGGCGACCUGGGCGGUGGCCGGUGCCGCGCGUCUAGCGUGGCCGUGGACACGGACAUGGUCAGCGAGCUAGAGCCGUCGUCGUCGGACUCGGGCAACGUGCAGAAGUGCGGCGCCGUCAAGCCGGUCAAGUCGCGGCUCUGCAAGCCGAUAUUCGGCGUCGGCCGCAAGUCGGCCAAGGCGGCGUCGGCCAAGGCCAAACGGGACAUACUGGACACGGGCAAGGUGUCCAUGGCCUGCCGCAGCGGCGGCGCCGACGGCCACCACCAGUACGGGUCCGGCGCCUCGAACGCGGCUCACGGGGGCGCGGCCGCGGACCUGGCGCCGUGCCAGCCGCGGCCCAAGCCCCGAGACCCCGAGCGCGAGAAGCGGCGCAUCGCCCGGAAGAAGGAGAAGCGCGCUACACUCAUACUCGGGCUCAUCAUGGGCUCGUUCAUCGCCUGUUGGCUUCCGUUCUUCUUCAUGUACAUACUAAAGCCGCUGUGUCCGGUGUGCUACAUACCGCCGCAGGCGUUCGCCAUCGCCUUCUGGCUGGGCUACAUGAACUCGGCCAUCAACCCGGUCAUAUACACGAUAUUCAACAAGGACUUCCGGCGCAGCUUCCGGCGCGUGCUGUUCAAAUGAUGAAAUCGCCGCCACCCCGUUCCGGACGACCGGGCCGCGGUCCCCGCUCCGUCACCGCGCUCGUGCGACCGGUCAUCGUCCGCCCGGCCGUCCUAUUCGACACGCGCCAUCGUCGCCUUUUCUUCUUCUACUCAUUGUUCUUCGUAUCCUU